CGGGUUGGUAUUCUUGCAAGCAGAUGAGGUUAUGUGCACGUGGGGUUAGGUUAUGUAUACAGAAAUAGAAGUAUGCAAUUAACUAUCUAAACGCAAUACAGGUGUACAGAUUAAAACCAGAAUUAUAUCGCCCUGAUGCCUCCAAAGGGAAAGCGAUCGUUCCGUGGUAAAAAGAGGAAAUUUGACGAGCGCAAUGUACAAAAGCGACCAAAGACGAAGAAGGAAAAGUUCGACUUGAGAAGAUCCUCUUACGUUAAGGAGCGUGAAGCAAAGAAUGAAGAGAUCGAGGCUCGCAGGCGGAUAGUGGAGGAGGAGAAAACGCGUCAGCGACUCGAGGAAGCCGACAGUUCUGAAGAGGAAGAGGUUGAUCCUUGGUUGCUCUAUCUAUCCGAGUUAUCGGGUUAUAAACAUAAAAAUUUAAUAGAGAAACUAAACAAGCCUAUCGUGACAAGCUCGGAAAGUGAAAACGAAGAUUCUAAUGCACAGAAUAAGAAUGAAACAGACAAGAAAGGAAAGAAGAAAAGGAAAGAAAUGAAGAGAAUGAAAAAGAGAAAUAUUAAAGAAGAAGAAAACGAAGAAUCUGAAGCAGACGAAGAAUUUUCUGAUCAGAAUGAAGAGAUUACGGUUAGCACAAAGGAGAAUGACUAUGAAGAUGCUGAGACUGCCCAGGAGGACAUUGGUCAUUUGAGAGAUCCAUUUUCUUUGCACUUACGCAACGAUAUGGAUGAUGAACUGUAUAAAGCAGUCUCCGCAACGCCACCGAUUACAGAGACCACGACGUUAUUAUGGCCCGCACUGGGAAAUCUGGUAUGUCAAAUUCCAAAACCAGCUUCUGAUUCAAACGACAAGACAAUAAAAGUUAAAAAGCUUUUAGAUGACGAAGAGAAACAAUAUACAAAUUACGGUAAGGUUCCAACUCGGAUUGAGAGCGUUGAUUGGAACAAAUUGCACGUAAAAUCGCAGAUUCAGAAUAAUUUAAUCAAAGCUAACUAUGAUAAUGUAAAGAAUACUAUAGAAAAAGAUUCUGCGCCUAUGACUCCUCUUCAAAGGGAGUUGUUUUCAGUGAUAAAUAAUUAUCAAGACUUGCAUUAUCCUGGAAGAACGUUUUCCAACGCCGAUGAGAUACGAUUCGUCUAUUGCCUACAUGUAAUCAAUCAUAUUCUGAAGACCCGAACAAAAAUACUGCAUCAUAGUGCGAAGCUAGCAAAGUCCAAUCGUAGCGGUAUGGGAGAAGUUCCAGAUGAGUACAAGGAUCAGGGUUUAGUGAGGCCCAAAGUACUCAUAAUAGUGCCAUUCAAGCAUUCUUGCUUGAAGAUAGUCGAGAUGUUCAUCUCAAUUUUAUUUGGAGAAGACAAAGGUGGCUCAGUCAUCAACAAGCUACGAUUCAUGGAGGAUUUUACUGGAAACGAGUUAACGAUGCCUAAGAAGAAUCCUAAACCAGAAGAUUAUAAACUGACCUUGCAAGGAAAUAUCGACGACAAGUUCAAGAUAGGCAUGGCAAUCACCAAGAAGUCUCUGAAAUUAUACACGAAUUUCUACUCUUCCGACAUUAUAAUCGGCUCACCAUUGGGUCUCAGGAGAGUGGUAGGUGCAGAGGGCGAAGCGGUAAGAGACUAUGACUUUCUGUCAUCUAUAGAGCUGCUGAUCAUGGACCAGAUUGACGUGGUCCUCAUGCAGAACUGGGAUCAUCUGUAUCAGGUGUUGGAUUACAUGCAUCUGCAACCUAAGAAAUCCCACGACAUCGAUUACUCCCGUCUUAGAAGUUGGUGUGUGAACGGCUGGACCAAGUAUUAUAGGCAGACAUUGAUCUUCGCCAAUAUCGAAACGCCGUACAUAAACACGCUGCUAAUUAGAAAAUGUUUUAACUACGCCGGCCAGGUGAAAGUGGCGAAUGCGUUGGAGCCGGGCUCGAUUCGCGAUGUAACUGUUAAAGUUCCACAGGUGUUUUACAGGUUUGACGCUUCCGAUCUUUGUCAGGCUAUCGAUAGCAGGCUGGAUUUCUUCCUGAAAGAGAUAUUGCCACGGUAUUCGGAUCCCAUAUAUAAUCACACGUUAAUCUACGUACCAUGCUACUUUGACUUUGUAUAUCUGCGGAAUCGCAUGAUGAAGGAGAAGAUGAGCUUCACAAUGAUCAGCGAGUACACCCAGGACCGGAAAGUCGCUCGAGCGAGAGAUAUGUUCUUUCACAGCGACGCGCACUUCCUACUCUACACAGAACGCUGGCAUUUCUGGCGCAGAACGAGGAUAAAGGGUAUCCGUCAUCUCAUAUUCUACCAGCUACCGACUUAUCCACACUUUUACAGCGAAAUGUGUAAUCUGAUGGACAAUCUGUAUCAGAAUCCACGUUCCGGCACGGAGUUCAAUAUGUCGGUAACCGUCAUUUAUAAUAAAUUUGAUGCUAUAUCGCUCGCUCAAAUUGUGGGCCAGAAUAGAGCUGCUAAAAUGAUAGAAUCGGAAUCUAAAGUACACACAAUUAAAUGCUGAGACUUGAAUUCUUUUCUUGUAUUUGUACGACGCGAUAGGAUAAUUAAUAAGUAAUUUAAUUACAAUAAAUAGUAAUUUUAUAUAAUUGCGCUAUCGCUGUAAAAUAAAGUAACCGUUUUGUAAAUAAAAUGUAAAUAGAAUAAUUGCUUUAUAAUAUAGGACCUUUAUUUUGAUCAUAUAAAACUUAUCUUAAGAUAUCUAUCAGAUGAGAAUUUUAAUCGCGAAUAAUAUGUUAGAAUAUAAUAUAAUGAAUUCUACUGUAGUUACUGCGCAUUCUUCUAUUUCUAAUACUAUAUCCAAUAAUUAC